UUUAAAAUUUGAGAGAGGAGAGAGAGAGGGAGAGAAUUCAAUGCAGCGCUGGCUCUACUACCGGCGGUGCGCCGGUCUACUGCGCUCCUCCCUCGGCCGCUCUCAAACCCUAAACCCUAGACCUCAGCUCGAUUUCGUCCGCCCAUUUUCCUCUUCUUCGUCAGAUUCAGAAUUCCGGAAGUACGCUGGCUACUUCGUCCUCAUCCUGGGCUGCGGCGUCGCUACCUACUACUCCUUUCCCUUCCCCGCGAACGCGAAGCACAAAAAAGCUCAGAUCUUCCGCUACGCUCCGUUACCCGAAGAUCUCCACUCCGUUAGCAACUGGAGCGGCACUCACGAGGUCUAUACUCGCGUCUUCCUCCAGCCGGAGAACCUCGAGGAGCUCGAGAAGAUCGUCCACGACGCGAACGAGCGUGGCCAAAAGAUCCGACCCGUUGGCUCCGGCCUCUCGCCCAAUGGUAUCGGGCUGCAGAGGGCUGGGAUGGUCAAUCUCGCGCUCAUGGAUAAGGUGCUCGAUGUGGAUAAGGAGAAGAAGAGAGUUCGGGUGCAGGCAGGGGCAAGAGUUUCUCAGCUCGUGGACGCGCUCAAAGAGCACGGACUCACACUCCAGAAUUUCGCUUCCAUCAGGGAACAGCAGAUCGGAGGCAUUUUGCAGGUUGGUGCCCAUGGUACUGGAGCAAGACUACCUCCUAUUGAUGAACAGGUUGUCAGCAUAAAAUUAGUGACCCCUGCUAAAGGAACAAUAGAGGUUUCUCCCGAGAAAGACCCAGAACUGUUUUAUCUCGCUCGCUGUGGCUUAGGUGGGUUGGGAGUGGUUGCAGAAGUCACCAUACAGUGUGUUGAUCGGCAUGAGCUUGUGGAGCAUACAUUUGUAUCUAAUAUGAAUGAAAUCAGAAAAAAUCACAAGAAAUGGCUUGGUGAAAAUAAACAUGUGAAAUACUUGUGGAUUCCUUACACUGACACUGUCAUUGUUGUACAGUGUAAUCCUCUUUCAAAGUGGAAAAAGCCAAAAAUGGCACGAAAAUUUGGAGAGGAGGAAGCAGUACAACAUGUCCGUCAUCUAUUUCGUGAGUCACUCAAGAAACAUAGAACAAGUGAGAGUCCUGAUGAACCAGAUAUAGAUCAACUUUCGUUUACUGAGCUGAGGGAUAAGCUUCUUGCUUUAGACCCUCUUAACAAAGAUUAUGUCGUAGAAGUGAACAAAGCUGAAGCAGAAUACUGGAAAAAAUCAGAGGGGUACCGUGUAGGUUGGAGUGAUGAAAUAUUGGGUUUUGAUUGUGGCGGGCAGCAAUGGGUAUCAGAAACCUGCUUUCCAGCAGGAACUCUUGCAAAUCCUAGUAUGAAGGAUUUGGAAUAUAUGGAGGAGUUGAAGAAACUUAUAGAGAGAGAAAAUGUGCCAGCUCCGGCUCCUAUAGAGCAGCGGUGGACUGCUCGCAGCAGGAGUCUCAUGAGUCCAGCAUGGAGUUCUCAGGAAGAUGAUAUAUUCUCAUGGGUGGGUAUAAUAAUGUAUUUGCCUACUAUGGAUGCUCGCCAGAGGAAGGAGAUAACAGAAGAAUUCUUCCUUUACAGAGAUCUGGCACAAACACGCCUAUGGGAUAAUUAUUCUGCUUAUGAGCACUGGGCUAAAAUUGAGAUCCCUAAGGACAAGGAGGAGCUCGUUGAUCUGCAAACAAGAUUAAGAAAGCGUUUUCCAGUUGAUUCUUAUAACAAAGCUCGCAAGGAAUUGGAUCCCAAUGGAAUCCUCUCCAACCGCAUGCUUGAGAAGCUUUUCCCUUUGCCCAGCACGAUCUAAAUGUAAAUUGAACUCCAUCUUCAUAAGCUGCUGAGGAAGCUGGUGAGGAAGCUGGAAGCUGUUGCAUCAUUUGAUCAAGUCCUGUCUUGGAAGGUAAUUUGUAAUGCCAAACUUAUUGUCUUUCCUCUCAUUUAUUUUUAAUAAAAGACGAAGAGUUAUUUGUAUGUAAACUUGCUCUCAGGAGACCUAUUUUUUAUGCCACAUUGUUUUUAGUAAUGCCCAUUUGAUUUUCCCUUUCA